UCUUUCGAAUAAAGCAAGACUUUCAGCACUGCAGAUUCUCAUGGUAUCAGAGCUGUGACUCCUAUGUUGUAUAAGGUAGUGCUAACGAGUCCCAGAGCUUUCACCACAGAUGGAGAAUCUCCUCUAAACUCCCUGGCGCAAGGUGGAAGCUCAAGCGGGACUGCGAACACAGGGGAUUGGUGUGAGUUCCUUUGGGAAUUCACAUACAGAUUCCUCCUCUCAACUCAUCAUUACCCAUUGACUCAACGGCAACAAUUAUCUACAAUGGUCCAGAAAUGUGUUGAUGUUCGUGCGAGGAUGCAGCAAGGAGUGUUACUUGACUGGGCAUCCAAAGGCGCCAGAAACUGGUGAUCCCAAAUAUGGAGUGUGGUGUGCAGAAAAUAAUACGGUUAUGGCCUGGGUAGUUCACUUUAUGAACAGUAAAAUUAGUGAGAACUACCUUCUUGCCAACACUGCUCAAGAAAUCUGGGAAACAGCACAGCGUACCUACUCUGUUCAAGAGAAUACUGCAGCUAUUUUUCAAGCAAAACGGGCUCUUCGAACUCUCAUGCAGGGAGAGAAAUCAGUUAUGUUAUAUUACACUUCCUUGAUGCGUAUAUGGCAGCAUAUAGAUCUAUAUAAAGUUCAUCAGUGGUUGUGUCACGUUGAUGAAGUUUACUACAAAAGGGUUGUUGAACGUGAAAGAUGCUAUGAAUUCCUUCUUGGCCUCCAUGACUUGUUUGAAGAUCUUGGAGGUCAUAUAAUGGGCAUGAAACCUCUUCCUUCACUUGAUGAAAUGUUUAACAUGAUAAAAUAUGAGGAAAGCCGUAAGGCUCUUGUUCAACUUUCUUCUCCUACUCCUCUACCAACUACCGAAUUCUCUGCUAUGGUGACUCGGGGCAAUCAAGGGGGAGAUUCAAAAGGGAAGAAGUCUCUUUGUUGUGAUAAUUGCAACAAGAAUGGUCACACUUGAGAGACUUGUUGGCUAAUCCAUGGUAAACCUAGUCACUUGAAGCAAAGGAAUAUAGGUGAUAGCAAAGGUUUUGCAGUCAGUCAAACUGAAGGAAAUUUACUGAACAGUGAAGAACUCGUCAUGCUCAAACGAAUCCUAGAGAGGAUUUAGCCUUGGGGAAGAUGAUUGGCAAUGCUAAGGAACACAAUGGACUCUACUACCUUGAAGGGAAACCCAAAAAGAAAGACCUUUUGACUGAUCCUAGUUCUGUUUCCAAACCUGUUUUUGCUUCUGCUGUUAUGUCUCAAGAAGAGACUUUGUUAUGGCAUUUUUGAUUAGGUCAUGCUAGUUUUAAUUAUAUGAAACUUUUGUUUCCAAACUCUAUGAAUAAAAUCAAUUUUCAUUGUGAUAUCUGUCAGUUUGCCAAAUAAACUCGCACUCCUUAUCCUGCUUCUACUUAUGCACCUAUUAAUCCUUUCACUCUUGUGCACAGUGAUGUGUGGGGUCCUUCUAAAAUCGAAACUCACUCUAAAGCUAGGUGGUUUGUUACUUUCAUUGAUGUUCAUACCCACCUUAUGUGGCUGUUUUUAAUGAAAAACAAGUCUGAAGUUGUUACUAUCUUUAAAAACUUUUAUCAUUUUGUUCAAAAUCAAUUCUAGACUUCUAUUAAAAUACUUCAUAGUGACAAUGGAAUUGAGUAUCUUAACACUGACCUACGGACCUUUCUUAUUGAAAAAAAGAUACACUACCAAACAUCUUGUGUGCAUACACCCCAACAAAAUGGUGUGGCUGAGAGAAAAAAAAGACAUCUCUUAGAAGUAGCUAGAUCUCUUUUGUUAGGUGGUAAUAUACCCAAUAAGUUUUGAGGAGAUGCUGUUCUAAUUGCUGCUUAUCUCAUCAAUCGUAUGCCCUCAAAAAUUCUCAAGUUUCAAACUCCUCUCCACAGCUUUUUAGAAUCUUAUCCUCACUCGCAUCUUAUAAAUUCCCUUCCAAAAAGGGUUUUUGGGUGCAUGGUUUGUUUUCCAUGAUGGGGGAGGGGGAACUGGAUUCUAGAUCUAUUAAAUGUCUCUUCCUUGGUUACUCCUCAACGAAAAAAGGGUACAAAUGUUACUCUCCUGAAACAUGGAAGUUCUAUGUCACUAUGAAUGUUAGAUUUGUUGAAUCACUUCCAUUCUAUCCCAAAUUACCUAUUCAGGGGUAGAAUGAUAGUGAAUGGUUAAUUUGUGCCACUAUAGGGAAUGAUCAUCUAAGUUAUGAAUCCAUUGGCAUUAUCAAUCCUGAACCAGAAACACCUGUUUGUGCUAGUCCUGACCUCAACCUGAAAUGAGGGAAAAUCAACCUGAACAAAUCACACACAGCGAGGGUUCCAUUGAUGUUCCAAGGCAAAGUCAUGAUUCACAACUUGAGGAUAAUCCUGAAGAUCUUCAGUGGCCUGUUGCUCUCAAAAAAGGCAAGAGGAGUUGCACUCAACACCCCAUUGCAAGAAAUGGAGGACGAAAACUCUAACCCUCUUCGCCGAAUGUCAAGCCGAACUCGAAAGGUUGCACCGAAAAUGGUUGCUGCCCUUGCUAGCAGUGAUAAUCGCACACAGGCUGCACUUGCUCGCCUUGAAGCUUUGGAGAAUGACAAUGCAGGAUUUGAGACUGCAGAAGCUAUUGAUGAUGACGAAGCUUCUCUAGAUGAUGAAGAUCAAGUGUAUGUGCAAAAAAAGCAGUCCAAGGGCACCAAAAGGACGACCCGGCAGGCAAAGGCACUUGAAGCAAGGAAGGCCCCAAGAACUUUCCUUGAGCUCUUACAUGAGGCAAACCUAGAAUCAUUACCUCUGCAUGUACCAUCUUAUUGGAAAGCAGCAGUUGGACCUCCAAGCUCAACCUGCCGUCGCCACUUUUGUACAGUUUGUGGGUUUUCAGCCAACUAUACUUGUGUUAGAUGUGGCACGCGCUUCUGUUCAUAUCGUUGUCAAAAUGUACACAAUGAUACUCGUUGCUUGAAAUUUGUAGCUUGAUACAUGAGACAUUUGAGCUUGGCCAGAAAACUUUAUUUACAAUGUCAGAUCAGAGGUAUGAUCAGAGUUUGCUAAAUUCCAAAAUGGGUUUUCUUUUUCA